GGCGCGGAGCAGUAAGCCCCUCCGGCCCCCCGGCCAGUAGGGUGCACAUCAGCGCGCGCGUGAAGACGCCGAGAUGGCCGAGGGCUGACCAGCGCCGGGCUCGGUCACCAUGGACGGCGGACUCCUCGUGCUCCGUCUACUCUUCGCCUGCUGCUGCGCCUUCCGCGUGGCCGCCGCACUGGUGGACGCCGAUGACGUGAUCACCAGAGAGGAGCAGAUGUACCUGCUGGCCGAGGCCAUGUGGAGCUGCAACCGAAGCCUCAGGGCCCAGCUGGAGGACAUGAAAGAUGGACACUGCCCGCCAGAGUGGGAUGGCAUUAUCUGCUGGCCGCCAGGUGCCCCGAGCUCAUUGGUGUCCGUGCCGUGUCCCGAGUACAUCUAUGACUUCGACCACAACGGCCAUGCCCAUCGCCAGUGUGACCAGUUGGGACACUGGGAAGUGGCCAGCACUGUGAACCGCACCUGGGCCAACUACGCCGAGUGCACCCAGCGAUUCCGCACGGACCACAGGAGCCGAGAGGAGGAGGUCUUCGACCGUCUGCAGAUGAUGUACACCGCCGGCUACUCCCUGUCACUGGCAUCACUCCUGGUGGCCGUCACCAUCCUCUGUCACUUCAAGCGGCUCCACUGCACCCGCAACUGCAUCCACAUCCACCUGUUUGUGUCCUUCAUGUGCCGCGCUGCCAGCAUCUUCACAAAGGACGCCAUCGUCACCUCCAUGUCUGAGGCUGCAAACCUCCGGGCGGACGAGAGGGGCGUGGGAGAGCAGCGCCACCCACUGGUGGCGUGUAAGCUGGUGGUCACCAUGUUCCUCUACUUCCUGGCUACCAAUCACUACUGGAUUCUGGUGGAGGGCCUCUACCUGCACAGCCUCAUCUUCAUGGCGUUCCUGUCCUACAAGAACUACCUGCGCGUGCUGACGCUCAUCGGCUGGGGGAUCCCCGCAGUGUUUGUGUCCGUGUGGGUCAGCGUGCGGGCCUCCCUGGCAGACACCCAGUGUUGGGACAUCAGCGCUGGAAGGCUCAAGUGGAUUUACCAAGUGCCCAUUCUGGUGGCCAUCAUUGUCAAUUUCUUUCUGUUUCUCAACAUCGUCAGAGUCCUGGCCUCCAAGCUCUGGGAGACCAACGCAGGGAAGCUGGACCCCCGGCAGCAGUACAGGAAGCUGCUCAAGUCCACCCUUGUGCUGAUGCCCCUCUUCGGAGUGCACUACGUGGUGUUUGUCGGCCUGCCUUACACCGAGGUCUCUGGGACCCUCUGGCAGAUCCAGAUGCACUACGAGAUGCUGUUCAACUCCACUCAGGGCUUCUUUGUGGCACUCAUCUACUGUUUCUGCAAUGGAGAGGUGCAGGCGGAGCUCAAGAAGGCCUGGCUGCGCCGGGACACGUCCCUCAACUUCAAGCACAAGGGCCGAGCGGCUAGCAGUGGUGGGGGUAGCGGCUACUAUGGUGGCACCACCUCCCACACCACCAACAGCGUGAACCUGAGCAUCGCGGCGGCCACAAAGUGCCCCAGUGGGAUACUCCUGGGCGGGCGGCCCCCCGUCCUGCCCGGCUCACCCACAGAGGCGACGCACCAGGAGAGUCUGGGAGAAAACCGGCAGCUGCUGGAGCCGGAGAGACUGGAGACGCGGCUCGAGUGGGAGCUGGAGACGGCACUGUAACAGGGUAGCAUGUAAAGACAAAUCAAUAAAGUCUCGUGUGUCAUGGAGUCCUGCUGCUCAUGCGCUUGUGUGACCUCACGUCCGUCACAAUGGAGAAGCGGUCUACGCUUUAUCAGACACGAGUGUUCACCCAAAUUUAAACAGCGACUCCAACCAAACCAACCUCUGCGCCAACACGCACUGGCCUGGGUGCCCCACUGAGGGCCUAGAGCAGUGGUCCUUAGUGGCGAAGAGCAAGGCAGCCAGUAGACCACCACACCCCUCAGUGACCGGGUCAACAGAGAAAAAACGAGACGAACGGUCAAACACCGGGCUGUCACGAGCACCAUGAGGAAUUUCACUCCCGAAUGCAACAACCUGACCAACGGCAGUGGGAAAAGCAUAGCGGGCCGGCCCACCGCAACCUGAAGAACAAAUAAGGCAGGCGCCUCCUCCACGCAGAGACUUUUAAAAAGAGCUUUAUUAGCACAGAUCCCAAAAGAUCAGGUCGGCAUGUCCAGAAAGCCACACAGAAGCCAGGUCAUAUGGAGCAAGGGGGGUCCAUAGGGGGCACAAGCAAAUUUAAGAUGUCCUUGGUCCUUCCCCCUGUAUGAUGACACAAUGAAACAAGCCUGGC